GUGGAUUUUUAAUUCAUCUUAGAUUAAAUGGAGUGCUUACACCCGAUGACGUCGUAGUGGUGGUAGACAUGCGCAACUUAAAGUGUGAAGCGCCAUUCAUUUUCGGAGCUGGCUUCGCCUGACAACUUGGAUUCAUCGGGCAUUAAGGAGCCCGUGUCGGUGAGGUUGUCAGGGCCUGCCUAGGCCUGCCCCAACAACAGACGUGCCCGCGAGGUUAGGACCUCUUUUUCUUGGCAACAACCACCACAAUGGUUGUACUCAGCACCUUUCCUCCCCCGGCUGAGGGAGUUCGUCACCAGCAAAUCAACACUGAAGUCUUAAUGAACGACCGGAGCCUUGGGAAAGGCACCCUGUACAUCGCAGAGAGCCGAGUGUCUUGGGUCAACUCAGCUAGUGGAGAAGGCUUCUCUUUAGAAUACCCUCACAUCUGCCUUCAUGCCAUUUCAAGAACACCAGUGGAAUGUCUAUACAUGAUGCUGGAUACUAAUGUGUCACCAAAGCUUGGUGAUGGAGAAGGAAACGAUGACAGCAAAGAUGACGAUGAAAAUGAUGAAGAUGAAGAUGAAGAGGAGCAGGAAAGCACCGUUAUGAAAUUUUUGCCGGAAGACACAACUGCUCUAGAUGCAAUGUAUCAAGCUAUGAGCCAAUGCCAGGCUUUAAACCCAGACCCUAAUGACUCUGAUUCAGAUCCAGAAAAUAUAUUUGUUGAUGCUGAUGGAGAUGAAGGUAUAGAGGGCGAAGGUCAGGAAGGCCAUGAAGUUGGUGGAGAUGAUGAUGAUGGAUACGAGUAUGAAGAAGCAAACAAUGGCAAUGGUCAUACCGAGAAUGAUGCAAUGGAAGUGGAUGCAGCCCAGUUUGAAGAUGCAGAUAGUGAUAUUGAUAACUAGUACAUUUAAUCUAAUUUUGAAGGUAGAAGACACCUCAAUUUUAACACUUAGGAUUUCAACCAUUUCCAAUGUCAUUCACCCUUAUCAUAUUUUCAUAGCAUUCCUUUAGUUUCUUGUUGUCCCAUUCAUUUCUUGAUCUUGUACCUGUAAUGAACCACAUGUCCUAUGUUCUUUCCACAGAUGUAGUUAAUUUUCUACUCAUCCUUUUGUAAGAUGGGGCACUUACAUUCGGAGUACUUUCUCUUUUACCUUUGUAUUCUUUUCUUUUUGUUCCCCUUGCAAAAAUUAUGAAAUAAGUAAACUUGUGUGACAAGUGUAUUUAAUUUAUUAAAAUAAACAUAUUGUAGAAAGUUAA